UUUUUUCGAUCAGAAUCCUGCGAAGCUAGGAGAGCCGAGGAGAGAGGUGAGAGGAGAGAUGGCCGUGGCAAGCACAAGCGCAGCCAGCGCCGCAAUUUCGCAGCUCGCGAGCUCCUCGUUUGUGAGCGGGAGCAACGCCCUCCUGUCGCACUGCCCCAGCAAUGGAGCCCGAGUCAUGGCGAUGGCCACCAGGAAGAUAUCCGCCAAGCCGGCAUCCGGCAAGAAGUCGUGGCUUCCCGGGGUGAGAGGAGGUGGCGACCUGGUGGAUCCCGAGUGGCUGGAUGGAUCGCUCCCUGGCGACUAUGGUUUUGAUCCCCUUGGGCUGGGCAAGGACCCGGCCUUCCUCAAGUGGUACAGAGAAGCGGAGCUCAUCCACGGGAGGUGGGCGAUGGCGGCGGUGGUGGGCAUCUUCGUGGGUCAGGCGUGGUCUGGAAUCCCAUGGUUCGAGGCUGGUGCUGCGCCGGGUGCCGUGGCCCCCUUCUCGUUUGGCAGCCUGCUGGGGACGCAGCUCCUGCUCAUGGGCUGGGUGGAGUCCAAGAGGUACGUGGAUUUCUUCGAGCCCAACACGCAGGCGGUGGAGUGGGCAACGCCCUGGUCGCGAACGGCCGUCAACUUUGCAAACUCGACCGGGCUGCAAGGCUAUCCCGGCGGCAAGUUCUUUGAUCCGCUGCGGCUAGCCGGGAGCAUGAAGGGCGGGGACUACGUUCCCGACUUUGACAAGCUCCAGAGGCUUCAGCUUGCCGAGAUCAAGCACGCCAGACUCGCCAUGGUCGCCAUGCUUAUCUUCUACUUUGAGGCGGGACAGGGCUUGACACCUCUUGGUGCUCUUGGCUUGUAAACAUCAAAGAGAUUGCUGUGGCAUCGUCACUUCUUUCGUCUCGUGGUGUUCUACUCUACUAGACUAUAUACAACUUCAUGGUAGAUUGGAAUCACAGCAAAUGUGGGCGAGGCAUUCCUAGUGUCUGAGACAUCGAAAAGAAAGAACGAGAAUGUUGUAGCCUAGCUUCUACUGCUCUCUGUUUAAAACCAUUCAUUCGUGAGGUAAUAUAAUUUCACUCGAUUCUUGGA